CCGGCCAGAGCAGCAGCAGCGGCGGCGGCGUUUGAGUGGAGGAAGAUGGCGGCUCCGGGCGGCUCGGGGUCCCGCCAGCUGUGAGGAGCCCCAGUGCGGCUAGCGCCGUUUGAGGCGGAGCGCCUCUGCUCUGGCUCUGUCCCCGGCUCCCUCAUCGCCGUCGCCAGCGGAGCGAACCCGAGAGCGUGGCGCGGGCUGGGCCAGCUGUUUGAGUGGAAUGUCAUGGCCAGCUCCUCUGACAGUGAAGAUGACAGUUUCAUGGCUGUGGACCAAGAAGAAGCUGUGCUGGAAGGGACAAUGGAGCAGGAUGAGGAGCCCCACCCAGCACUGGAGGCUGAGGAGACAAGACAUAACAGGUCCAUGUCUGAACUGCCAGAAGAGGUUUUGGAGUAUAUCCUGUCCUUCCUUUCACCAUACCAGGAGCACAAAACUGCAGCCCUUGUCUGCAAACAGUGGUAUCGGCUUAUCAAAGGUGUAGCCCACCAGUGUUACCAUGGUUUCAUAAAGGCUGUCCAGGAAGGACACAUUCAGUGGGAGAGUCGGACAUACCCUUACCCUGGAACCCCGAUCACUCAGCGGUUCUCACACAGUGCAUGCUAUUACGAUGCUAACCAGUCUAUGUAUGUGUUCGGAGGCUGUACCCAGAGCAGCUGCAAUGCGGCCUUCAAUGACCUCUGGAGACUUGACCUAAAUAGCAAAGAGUGGAUCCGACCUUUGGCUUCAGGAUCCUAUCCUUCCCCUAAAGCUGGAGCAACUCUGGUUGUGUACAAGGACCUGCUGGUACUAUUUGGUGGCUGGACGCGGCCAAGCCCAUAUCCCCUGCACCAACCAGAGAGAUUCUUUGAUGAAAUACACACUUACUCACCCUCUAAAAACUGGUGGAACUGCAUUGUGACAACCCAUGGGCCACCUCCCAUGGCUGGCCAUUCCUCCUGUGUGAUAGAUGAUAAAAUGAUUGUCUUUGGUGGCUCCUUAGGAUCCCGACAAAUGAGCAACGAUGUCUGGGUCCUUGACCUUGAGCAGUGGGCGUGGUCCAAGCCGAACAUCUCCGGCCCCAGUCCUCAUCCUCGAGGUGGCCAAUCUCAGAUUGUCAUAGAUGAUGCAACUAUCUUAAUCCUUGGAGGGUGUGGCGGUCCCAAUGCUCUCUUCAAGGAUGCUUGGUUAUUGCACAUGCACUCGGGCCCCUGGGCCUGGCAGCCACUCAAGGUAGAAAAUGAAGACCAUGGGGCCCCAGAACUGUGGUGCCACCCAGCUUGUCGGGUAGGGCAAUGUGUGGUGGUCUUCAGCCAGGCUCCUAGUGGGAGAGCCCCACUGAGCCCCAGUUUGAACUCCCGCCCAUCGCCGAUCAGUGCCACUCCUCCAGCACUGGUUCCUGAAACCCGAGAGUACCGCUCACAGUCUCCAGUAAGGAGUAUGGAUGAAGCCCCUUGUGUUAACGGCCGCUGGGGAACACUGAGGCCCAGAGCUCAAAGGCAGACCCCCUCUAGUUCCCGGGAAGGGAGCCUUUCCCCAGCCAGAGGGGAUGGCUCUCCCAUCCUCAACGGUGGGAAUUUGUCUCCAGGAACAGCAGCCAUAGGUGGCUCUUCCUUGGAUAGCCCUGUGCAGGCCCUAUCUCCUAGCACUCCGUCUACCACUGAAGGAUAUGACCUCAAAAUGGGACUUUCUUUGGCCCCCCGACGAGGGUCACUACCGGAUCAGAAAGAUCUGAGGUUAGGAUCAAUAGAUCUGAAUUGGGAUCUGAAACCUGCUUCAAGUAGCAAUCCUAUGGAUGGUGUGGACAACAGGACAGUUGGGGGAAGCAUGAGACACCCUCCUGAACAGACGAAUGGUGUACACACCCCACCACACGUGGCCAGUGCCCUUGCAGGAGCUGUCUCCCCAGGUGCCCUGCGUCGGAGCCUAGAAGCCAUCAAAGCAAUGUCAUCCAAAGGCCCCUCAGCCUCUGCAGUGCUAAGUCCUCCUCUGGGGUCUUCUCCAGGCUCUCCUGGGAACCAGAACCUCAGCAGUGGAGAAACAGUUCCCGUUCCCCGCCCAGGGCCUGCCCAAGGAGAUGGACAUUCCUUACCUCCCAUUGCCCGCCGUCUGGGCCACCACCCUCCACAAUCCCUAAAUGUUGGCAAACCUUUGUACCAGAGUAUGAACUGCAAGCCCAUGCAGAUGUACGUGCUAGACAUUAAAGACACCAAGGAGAAGGGGCGGGUCAAAUGGAAAGUAUUUAAUAGCAGUUCUGUGGUCGGACCUCCUGAAACCAGCCUGCAUACAGUGGUCCAAGGCAGGGGUGAACUCAUCAUAUUUGGAGGACUCAUGGACAAGAAACAGAAUGUGAAGUACUAUCCAAAAACAAACGCCUUGUACUUUGUGCGAGCAAAGAGAUAAUGUGUUCUAAACCCCCUUCCCUUUCUGUGGCUUUUAAUUUUCCAGUGUGCAAGCAUUUGGACUGCGAAUUGGGAAAACAAAGGACAGAAUUACUCCCAUAAACCAAAACCCCAAUUCCCAACCUCACUCACUCCAGGCUGGGAUCAAAACUCCAUUAAGAAAAGAAUUAUAUAUAAAUAUAUAAAUAUAUAUUAUAUAGCCAACUCUGUUUACAAAGAGGGAGAGAUCUCCGUCCUGGUUCAGAUAAAUUUGUUGCUGUGUUUUAGCAGA